CUUUCGCAAAAUCUUUGCACAAGAGAAGGCGAAAGUUCCUUGGUGAAAAGUGUUGUAUUGUCAAUUGCAAGGAAAAUUGUACCAUCCAAACAUUGUAACAGCAGUGAGUUCACUGGAAGUGCAGUGGCGAUAAAUACAGUUCCAAUUAUUCGACACAAUGUGCGGUGGUUUCAGCUGUUCCAAAAAUGCACUGAUUGCAUUGAAUAUCCUCUAUGUUAUGGUUGGAUUUCUCCUGAUUGGAGUCGGAGUUUACGGUCGUGCUUCGUCGAUCGUAACUAACCUUCCGAUCAUCGGAGGUAUCCUAGCUUGUGGAGUGAUCCUGAUCUUGAUCUCAGUCCUUGGUCUGAUCGGAGCGGUGAAGCACCACCAAGUGAUGCUAUUCUUCUACAUGAUAAUCCUGUUUAUGCUGUUCCUGAUUCAGUUCUCGAUUGCUUGCUCUUGCUUGGCUGUGAACCAGGAGCAGCAGCGACAGUUUGCCGAGCAGGGCUGGUCUUUGGCGCCGGCAGACAUCAAGCAGCAAGUUCAGCAGGAAUUCCUGUGUUGCGGAUUCAACGCGACCACCACCGACGAUCACCCGUCCUGUGCGGAAGUGAACCGUUACUGUUGCCCGAAAGAAGCUCCUGAGGGUUGCGAAUGUGCCCCAUGCAUGCCGAAGCUGGAAAGUACGAUCGACUACGCAUUCCGCCUGUCCGGUGGAAUAGGACUAUUUUUCAGUUUCACCGAGAUUAUUGCCGUUUUUCUGACCAGACGCUACCGCAAUCAGCAGGAUCCAGACCAUUUGCCGGCCAGAGCAAUUUUCCCUCAAAGCAACUACGUUUACUAGAUGAAGUUAGUGCGAAAAGCAAAGUCAGGGUAAAUUAGACUGAUAUGGUUGGGGGAUGCUGGUGUAAAGCACCUAGUCCCAAGCAAUUCAUGUAACAGGAACAACCAAAAAAUCGAUGGAAACGAAAACAAGAAUAAUACUCAUUCUGUUGGCGCACCGACAUUAGGAUUAGUUAGAUAAUUUAAAACGAACAAUGGUUGUGCUAAUUAUUCUAAAUCCAAUGCGUUUUGCUUUAGUUUUAUUCUCCAGGAAACGGGGCUAUGUUUGAGUAGUGAUAAACCUAUCAACAGUGGUAGCAUGAAACUUUUUGUUUUCAAGGGUCUGUUCUGUGUGAAGGCUUCAAAUGCUAAAAAGUCAUCGUUGCGUUUUAAGUUUACUUUUAAGUAGGUUUUUUCAAUGAAAAUUUUGUGUGAUUUUUAGUUUUAAUUUUUGUACCUCGUCGUGUCUGAGAAAAGAAACCAACUUUAUUUUUUGCUUUAUCUCACGCCUCUUGAAAUCUCCUGUCCAACUUGCUUAGUUGACAAAUCAUACAGUUUGGACAGGUACCAUAUCAUAUGACAUUACUGAACAAUGUAGAGAACAAAUAACAGCCGUUAACAGAAAUGUGAAAAUAAGGCUAAAUUACGGUAUAACCUUUGCACUAGUAACGUAUACGUAAACUUACCGAUUGUGGUAUAAAUGGCAAAGGUAGAACAACAUUAUUUUAUUUUUUAAACAAUCUACAAUUAAAAUGUACACCUUAGGAAUGCUGUCGUCAGGAUAAAGUCUAUCAAAAUGUUGAUCAAAUGUUGUAUGUAGUUUAGUCAACAGCGUAAAGAAUUGCAAAAGCUUAACAAACAGGUGCAGUAGUGAUUUGUCCAUAAGGAAAAAUAGAUCCUAGCACCAAAAAAAAAAAAAAAGAAAAACAUGCCACCAGCUUUGUAUAAAUAUCUGCUAAUUGUUCGAAUAGAGAAUUCUGGCGUGAACUGAUAAUUAUACUAGAUGUACUUUGUUCCUCAAUGACGCUCUCUUAUUUCAAAACCGCGAAUGUUAAGACAUGUAAUAAAACACUAUAGUUUAAAGUUAAUUGGACAGCAGAGCUUUCUGCAUUUUGCUUUCAUUAAAGAAAAACCGAUGAAUGAAAGCUAUCGACGUCUUCUUCUUGUAGGUUUUCAAAAUGUUAUGGCUUACUCACUGCUAGAGUUAAGGCUUUCCAACUAUAACCAGAGUUACCUGAGCAAUGACAUUCGAAACCAGGGUAAUUGUUCUGGAUUACAAACCUAUAAAUGACACACAGUGAUAGGAGAAUUUAUAAUAUCAAAAAAUGAAAUCAAUCCCUACUAUAAAGCAUCACUUCGAAUAUCUGUGGUUUAUACUGUUAUAGCGGCUGAAGGAAAUAAUGCAAAAUAGUCAGAAAUGCUUUCCCAGUUGUGUGAUGGUCUUAAA